UUUUAACGCGCAUCUUAUGGUUGCAUGAAUAAAAUAUGAUUGAGAAGACGGAUGAAAAUGAUGUUGUAGUCACAAUAGGAGUUUGUGCUAUGGCGAAAAAAGCCAUGUCAAAACCAAUGAAGGAAAUUCUGCGCAGAAUGGACAAGUUUCAACACAUUAAGAUAAUAAUAUUUGAUGAGAAAAUGAUAUUAGAAUCACCAAUAGAGUCAUGGCCUAUUUGUGAUGCAUUGGUCAGUUUCUACUCCGAAGGAUUUCCCCUGAAAAAAGCUAUUGCUUAUUCAAAGCUCCGAAAGCCAUACCUUGUCAAUGACUUAGAGUCGCAAUACAUUUUGAUGGAUCGAAGAAGAGUAUAUGAGUGUUUGAUGAGGGAAGGUGUUCCAGUUCCGAGGUAUGCAUUUGUUGAUCGAACAUCGGAGAAUCCAGUAAAAGUUGUUGAGCUUGACGAUUCAAUCGAGAUUAAUGGUGAGGUUUUUCACAAACCGUUUGUAGAAAAACCUUUGCAUGCUGAAGAUCAUAAUAUUUACAUAUACUUUCCUAGUAGCGCUGGAGGAGGUAGUCAACGUCUUUUUCGAAAGGUUGGAAAUCGCAGCAGCAAGUACUUUCCACACAGCAAUAUUCGAACAAAUGGAUCUUAUAUGUAUGAGGAAUUUAUGCCAACAGAUGGUACUGAUGUAAAGGUUUAUACGGUCGCAGACGAUUAUGCUCAUGCAGAGGCUCGAAAGUCUCCUGCUUUAGAUGGAAAAGUAGAACGAGAUCAUGAGGGCAAAGAAGUUCGCUAUCCUGUGAUACUUACCCCUAGAGAAAAAAUCAUUGCCAAGAAAGUAGCAAAAGCUGUUCGGCAGCAAAUUUGUGGUUUCGAUCUACUCCGAGCUAAUGGGAUGUCUUAUGUUUGUGAUGUAAAUGGAUUUUCUUUCGUAAAGUCUUCCAAAAAGUACUAUGAUGACUGUAGUCAUAUUCUUGGUGUGUUGAUUACGCGAAAAAUAGCACCGCGCUUGUGUUUACCGACCAAUUUGCCUCCGGGUACGGAUGUAGAUACUCCACUGGUGCCCACAACUUGUGGAGCAAUUAUGGAACUUCGUUGUGUAAUCGCUGUCAUUCGUCAUGGUGACAGAACACCGAAACAGAAAAUGAAAAUGGAAGUUUGCCACCAGAAAUUUUUCUCAUUUUUCACCAAAUACGCUGGUGGUUGGGCUCAUGAACUAAAAAUCAAACGUCCUACCCAACUACAAGAAAUCUUGGAUAUUGUACGAUCGAUUUUAGAAGAAAUCGAUUCUGGCCAGUGUACUGAUAAUUGUCUUCUGCGAAUUAGACCAAAGUUUGAGCAACUCAAAUAUGUUCUGGAAAUGUAUGGGUCAUUUAGUGGAAUUAACCGUAAAAUUCAGUUGAAAUAUCAACCAAAUGGACUUGGUAAAGGAUCAAAGAUUGGCUACUCAAGUGGUUUUCCAAUAUCAUGUACUAACGAAUGUGACAACACCCAACCUUGUCUGUUAGUUGUUGCGAAAUGGGGUGGAGAAUUAACAGCCGCAGGCAAACAGCAGGCAGAAACCUUAGGAAAAGCUUUCCGGUGUAUUUAUCCAGGUGGAGAUGGCCACUACGGUAAAGAUCCUGGUCUUGGAUUAUUACGUUUGCACAGUACUUAUCGGCAUGAUUUGAAGAUUUACGCAUCUGAUGAGGGUCGGGUGCAAAUGACAGCUGCAGCUUUUGCUAAAGGUUUCUUAGCAUUAGAAGGGGAACUGCCUCCAAUCCUUGUUCAGAUGGUUAAGUCAGCUAAUACGAACGGUCUUUUAGAUAAUGAUAACGAUUGUCGUCAUUAUCAGCAGAUGGUCAAACGUCAAAUUAAUGAAGUGAUGUCGAAAAACAGCGAUUUCACUGCUCAAGAUAUUGCCACUCUUGUUCCUACCGGUGCACGUUCAAUCAUAAAUGCUAUGCAGUAUGUUGAAAAUCCGUAUAGAGCAUGUGGUCGACUGUUUGAACAUGUUCGCUUGUUAUCUAAUCGUCUUGCAUGGCUCUCAAGAAGUUCCAAAGAACGAAGCCGAAUCCACUUAUAUCAAGGUGAAAGUUGGGACUUAUUGCUCAGACGUUGGGGAAAGCUAUUAAAAGACUUUCGAUCUCCCGAAGGAGAAUAUGAUCUUUCUAAAAUCUCAGAUAUAUACGACAAUAUAAAAUAUGAUUUGCAGCAUAAUUCUGGCAUCUUACUAGAAUCUGAAGUGCAAGAUUUUUUUAUGUGUGCAAAGUCGCUAGCUGAUAUUAUUGUUCCACAGGAAUAUGGUAUAACAAAAGAAGAAAAACUAGUGAUCGGUCAACGUAUUUGUACUCCACUUAUGCGAAAAAUUUUAUCAGAUGCACGUUAUACAGAUGUCGAUGAAUGUACACGAUUGCAUGCUGGCCAUCGCCCAAACAACGGUGAACCUUGUCCUGAUUGCUAUUCAAAAGGAGUUGCUUCUCCAGAACGAUUUGUACGUAGUCGAUUAUAUUUCACUAGUGAAAGUCACAUUCAUUCAUUGUUAACUUGUUUAAGAUAUGGUGAAUUAGCUGAUAUUGUUACUGAUGAACAAUGGAGACGUGCUAUGGAUUAUGUGUCGUCUAUUUCUGAAAUUAAUUAUCUUGCUCAAAUUGUAAUAAUGAUUUAUGAAGAUCCUACUGUGGAACCGAAAACUGAAAAACGUUUCCAUGUUGAAUUACACUUUAGUCCUGGUGCUUUUGCAUUAUGUCAUGAUCUACCUGAAGGCAGUGGAUUUCGAUCUGGAAAAUUAGUGCGUCUAAAUUCUCAAAUAAGUGUAAUGAGUAGCGGUACAUCUGUGGAUAAAGGCAGUUCUGACUCUAUGCCACAAUCAGCAAUUCCUUCUGUUACACCUGGUGCUCCUGUUAGUGAACAAGACAAGAAAGGUCUAUUUGAUAAAUAUAGUUGUAGACAAAUAGAUCGAAGUGGUGAUUGUCAUCAAGAUCUUGGAUCAUUUGAUUCAAGUGAAUGUUCAUACUCGGAAUAUUGUCCUAAUGAUAAAGUUUCAGGUAAAUCUACAACAGUAGUAUCAAAAACACUUGAUUCUUUAGAUUUGUUUCGCUGGAGUUUCGAUAGUGAUAGAAAUACAUAUGAGGUAUGUAAGAAUCAAACAGAGACUUCUAACGAUUCCUCUCUUAUCGAGCAAUCUUUGGUUCGCAGAUCACAUAGUGUUCGUUGUUACCUUAAUUCCAAUGUUUCUCGAGAAAAUAUCGUAAAUCAUGAAGAAACUUUGAUUGUCAACCACAGAUCACAAUCUCAAGGUCGUCCUUCUGUUUUACCGUUAUCACCUGUGCCAUCAGCUUCUACUCUAGAGUUAACUGGUACUCCUACUUCAAAUACGGAAGUUGGUAUUGGACGAUUCACUGUGACACGAUUGGCCGAUAACAAAACUAGUUCCGGUCAAAACUUACCAAAUGAAUCGAAAACUGAUAAAUUAUCGUCGACAUCACCAUAUGCAAAUAAUCUGAAAGCAUAUCACCCUAAACAUUUUUCACGUUCAAAUUUCUGUCCACACUCUGUUCGUGGUAGAUCUACCUCAUGUCACCCUGAUGUUUACAGAAGUACAAAUUUAACUACAACAUUUUUGUCAAAACCUAGAUAUUCAUGUUUUUCAAAACUACUUCAAACAACAGGUAAGGUUAAUGAUUUUGGCGAGUUUAAGAAAUAUGAUUGUAAUGAACAAAUGUCUUUUGACUGUUCCUGUUCAAAUACAAAAUCGUCGCGUCUCGCCCCUGUUAUUCAAUGGCUUACAAAGCAGUCAGAACAUUUAAUGAAAUCAGAUGAAAAACAUGACAAUGUGGAUCAAAAAUCAAAUGCAAUCAAAAUAAAAGACAAGAGAGUUAGAGAAACACCGAACUGGUUAACUAUGGGCACUUGUAAAACGAAUGCAACUAAUUCCACUAAAUUGAAUCGACAUCAAAGUGCAGGUUCUGUUCCGUUAUCACAGAAUCAAAAUUUAACUUCCACAUCUUCAACUCGAACUCGUUUAACUACACUUCCUUCUGAUGAGUCGGUGACUCGCCAGACACAUGAAUUAACUCAGGUUAUGUUGGAGUUACCAUUCAAUCAAAUUAACUCUCAACCAGUCAACACUAUUCUGUCAUCAUCUGGAGCAGUAGACAGUGGUGUAGAUGAUGAUCCUGUAAUCAAUCAAACUUUGAAUGCUAUCACUUAUCCUAGUCGUCAAAGUCCAUAUCAUUUAGAUAUUGGACGUCUUGUAAGAGCUGUUGCUACUGGGGCACCAUUUGCUCCGCCAAUAUGUCGAAGUCUUAUCAGUACAGCGGUCAUACGUGGUUCACGUGAUGAUGGUCAAGCAUCUAGUAGUGUUCCUGAUUUCAAGAGAUUGACAGAAGAUAUAAGUGUAGCACCAAGAACAUUAACACCUGGAAGUUCUCAAGAAUUUUUGGCUCCCAGUGCACCAUGUGUCCCGGAAGUUUAUCCGCUGGAAACAUUACACAAUGCUUUAACUUUAAGUCAGUUAGAAGCUUUUCUUGUUCAAUUAACUACACAUAAAUUUCCAACUCCAUUCACAUCACCGAAACAUCCGUCUACGCCUGUAAAUUAUUAUCAUCAUCAUCAUCAUCAUCAACCUCAGUCAAAUCAAACUACAAUUGACCCAUCCUGUCAAUAUCAUGACUUAUGCACUAAUCUGUCUUCUUCAUUUCCGAUUACUACUGGGGAAGACACUGUUACACAAGACUGUGCUAAUGUCACUGAUGAAGUUUGUCUUGAACCUCAACAACCUGUUUUAUCAAAUGAAUUAUCAGAUAUGAUGUCAAUAAUCCCAUAUGCUUCACCAAUUGAUAAAAUUACUUACAAAAAUACAGAUCACCAACAGUAAAUCGUAAAGACUUUUGACGGUCUUUUGUUUUGUGAUUAACAAAAGUCAGUCCCUUCGUUUGUGGAUAUUUGAAGAAUUUGUCUAGUUCAGCUGUUGCCUGUGCUUUUGUAUAGACUUAUGAGAAAAAAAAACAGUCCUCUUAAACUAAUGUGAUUCCUUUCAUUUAGAUAUUGGCCUCCAAUUUACCAAGUGUUUAUUGGUUGAUUUAUUUUAGUAUUAAUAAUAUUAUUUCUCUUCAAAUGUUUUCGACGUGCCUGUAUUUACUUACUCAUUAGUUUCUUACUUGUACAUAAUAUAUAUAUGUAUAAUGGCUUCUUUUCAUAUUGUCUUUAUUUAUUUUGUGUAA